GUAUGUUUAACAAAUUGAGAAACACGAGGCUUGGAGUUACACGACACGGUCCGGCGUUUCUACAUAAUCGCCCGUCAUCAGCCGAUCCGGAAACUGUAUCCGCACCGAACCGCGUGUCGGGAGCCUCCUCAUGUUCGAUCUCCGACGAGUCCCACGGCGCCGGCGAGCAUUGUGGUCAACAACGUUUUCCGUUCGCCCGCUUCUCUUGUUUACUUAAGGCAAGGAAAGGUGUUCUGUAUCUCUCUCAGCUUGCGAUACCGCCUGCAAGUUAAUUUCUCAGCUCUGUUGGUCGUUGCAUUUGAACUGAAACCGACUUCGACUUUCUUUCUCUACAAAUCACACACAUCAUCGUCGUCACAAUGACUGGCUCCUCUGAUCAGAACGGCAACGGGAUCACCGCGAUCCCCGCCAACGGCACAAACGAUGCUCCUGCCUAUCUUAGCACAUUACCCCCAGCCGGCACUGACUGGAAGGUCUCUCUCAAGGAUAAAGUUAUUGCAAUUUCGGGAGCAAAUCAGGGCAUAGGUCUGGGCAUCGCAGAAGUCUGCCUCGCUAACGACGCAGCAUGCGUGUACAGCCUGGACAUCACCGAGCCGGCGGAGGACUUUGCCGGCCUGCUCAAGCGGUUCCCCGGCAAGCUCGCGUUCCAGCACUGCGACGUGACGGACUACGCCAGCGUCGCGGCGGCCGUCGACGCCGUAGUCGCCGCGACGGGCCGCUUCGAUGGCAUGGUCGCCAACGCCGGCGCGACCAAGCACCAGCCCGCGCUUGACUUCACACCAGAGCAGUUUGACCGGCUCUUCAAGCUUAACGUCAACGGGUCUUGGAAUUGUGCGACUGCCGCCGCGCGGGCGUUUAUCAAGCUCCGGUGCAAGGGGAGCAUCGUCUUCACUGCAAGCAUGACUUCGUACAGACCGAACCGGGCCGCUCCCUCUGCCCCGUACGGUGCGACCAAGGGUGCCAUCCGCAACAUGACACACACGCUGGCCAUGGAGUGGGCCGAGCAUGGCAUCCGUGUCAACUCAAUCUCGCCUGGCUUCGUCAAGACGGCGUUGACGUACUACGUUGCGACUGCGCCUGACUGGGACACCAAAAUGAAGUAUUACGGUGGGAUGCCGCGUCUGGCACUGCCUCAGGAGCUGGGCGGCGCGUACGUCUACUUGUUGAGCGAGACGGCUUCAUACACAACAGGUAUUGAUAUUCCCAUAGCAGGCAUUGUUGGUGCUUGGUAAGAAGAAGACAGAGAAGAUACCCAGUUCCAAUAUUAGAAAAUCAAUG